AUGGGGUGGAUGCUGGAGCUCCUCGAGUGGAAGGAGUGGAGGCGGAAACCGGAGCCCGAGGCUCGGGUCUGGCAGCUGUUGUCGGAUCCGAACCCGGGCAAGAUGCUGGACAGGGUGGAGGAAAGAGCGGUGAAGGUGCAGAUCAGGCACGGUCUUUGUUGCCAGCUCCGACGUUGUCUGGAAGUGGAGAUGAUCAAGAUGGGGGACGUGUGGAGACCCCUGCUGCAGGAGUUGUCGUACAGGGAUCAGAGACUCGCGCCGCCAUUGCAGGCCAAGCCGGCACAAGCGGAGGUGGAUCAGCUGUUCGUGACUCUGAGUUGCGGGGUGGAGCGUCUUUCUAUGAUGGUAGUGGAGAGGGUUUCGCUGGAGACUACCACACGCCACGAUCAACAAGGUCAUUUGGACCAGGCGGUGGAGGAGCGAGACCAGUUUUUCAGGGUCACCUCCCAGGUACUUCUGGACUGCCAAGGCCAAGUGCUGGACCAUGUGGAAGAGAAGGCCCACCGGCAACUUCAGGCACAACCACCUCGUGAAGCUGUAACAGCGAGCCUUCUCGAGGGCAUGAAGGGCGCCCAGACCCGUGGCGCGAUCCGCUUGGAGCCCUGUGGGAAGAAUUUCAAUCCCGCAGAGUGGCCCCUCCAUCAGAAGGAAUUGCAAGCCAAGUCACUACAGAGGGAUGAUUCGCCUGAGCAGGUCAAGUCCAAUGUCACCAACCUUCCGAUGCUUCCGGGGCCGGAGGGCACGAACGCUGGCAUCGUGUUCCAGGACUGGCUGGCGCAAGUAGCAGUGCCGAUGCAAGACCUUUCUGCUGCUUCGGGUACUUGGUGGGCUGGUGUUCUAGGUCUUGUUCGUGAAGCCUAUUCCAAAUGGCUAGCAGCUACACCUCUUGAGCGACUUCAGCUUGAGCCUACUGGACACGAAGCGUGGACGUCAGCUAGGUGGACAAGAAUCAACUCGCGGGCGUGUUCGCUGAUCCUUCAGAGCCUUGUGGAAGCAAUUAGAUUGGAUCUGAUUGCAAGAAGAGCGGUCCAAAGUGCACCCCUCAUACUUUUCAGGUUGCACACGUGCUACCAACCUGGAGGUGCCAACGAGCGUUCUGCGGUGCUCGGAAACCUUCAGAGCCCGACGCAGCCCACCACGGUGGACGACGCCUUGACAUGGUUGCGGUCUUGGCCAAGAUGGGUGCAGAGAUGCAAGGAUUUGAAUAUGAUGGUUCCAGACGGGACGAUCCUUGCGAAGGCCCUUACGACUGUGACGGCAAAGUUUGUCGCGGAGAACCAGGACACCCACUUCCGCUAUGACUACCUCGCCUUCCAGUCCUUCAGCUUCUUCGGCAAAUCCAUCAAAGUGGGAGAUCAAGCGCUGGAGCUGGGUUUCCGGCUGCUGGCUCAACCUCGCCUUCGAGUACCUCCCCAGCGAAUGUUCCGAAGAUCACCAGCGUUGAGCCUGAAGGGGAAAAGUCGCCGAGUGUUUCCGCCCAUGUGGUCGCGGGAGAACCUGUUUGGACCUUGGAGACUCUUCUACAGGGCGGCGAAAGUGGCAGGGGCGCAGCCGCCCAAUCCCAAAGCACCUUCAAUGAAUGUAUUGGCGCUGAAAAGGACGGAGGCGGCUUCUGAUGAGUUGGCUAUGUUUGCUUUGGUUGAUUCUGGAGCCACGCGUGCUUUGAGGAGGGCCUCGUCUCAGGAGGAGUGGGAAGAGUCUGAUCCGGUGACUGUGAACUUGGCGGGUGGCGAAUCCAUUAGCCUUCGCAUGAAUGCGGCUGGCACUAUUCUGGUGCCCAUCAAUUCGAUGACAGCGGCAUCCUCAACCCUGCCAAUUGUGCCCUUGGGUGCCCUGGUAAAUCAGUUGGGAUAUACGAUGACUUGGGGAAAAACCAAGUGCAAGUUGGAGGGCAAGAAUGGGGAAGUCAUUGUUCUUCGCGUUCGUGACGGGUGUCCCGAGGUUACAGAGCAGGAGGCCCUGAAGUUGAUCUCCCAGUUGGAGGAUGUGAGACUUGAAGAGCUACGGGAGAACACGAAAGAUACCCGGACCAGGGUGAAGGCAGCUGCCCUUGCGAUGGAGCGGACAUGGUUCGACUACUUGCUCUCCUACAUUGACGGAGGGAUGUCGUCCCAGGCGCUGAAGGCUGUGGAGAGUGCGCCUUUCCUUCAAGAAGUUCCGCGUGAAUGCAAAGCCGGUUUGGUGGAUGCAGUGCCGGAGGCCAACGGGUGGCAAGCCUUGAAAGGGUUGGAGCACCUGAACAGAAAAACUCGAAAGCGGUUAUGGGCUUCGGACAAGUGGCUUGUUCAUCUGUACGCAGGAAAGGCUGAUCGACGAGAGUUUCGGCACUUGGAGGGCCACGGGUACACGAUUCUGGAGCUGGACAUUGAGAGGGGCAUAACUCAUGAUGUUUUGAGGCCAAGUACCUGGAGAGCGUUGGAGUGGGGAGCCAGGAUGGGAAAGAUUGGGGCGAUUGUUGGAGGACCGCCUCAGAGUACCUUCAUGAUUUCGCAUCACGUCGUGGGUGGCCCGGAACCGGUCCGCUCCAAUGAGUUUCUGUUUGGAAAUUGGCCAGGACAAUCCGACAGUGACCUCUUCAAGGUGAACCGGGAGACUCAGCUCAUCACGAGAAUGGUCUACCUUCAUGCCCUUGCGACGGCAGGAAGGCUACGAGCUCCGCACGACCCCACUGUGAGCAAGGAGGUUGCCUUUCUUCUUGAGCACCCUCGGGAUCCGCGUGGAUAUUUGAAGUUUCAGGAUCCGUUGUACCCGGAUGUUGUGAGCUUGUGGAGGACUUCGUUGUGGUCAGAGUAUGCAAUGGAAGCCGGGCUGCAGGCCUACAGCUUCGACAUGGCGGCUUUGGGGAAGGCGCUCACUAGGCAUACCACAGUGGGGACCAAUCUACCACUUCGACACCUAGAUGGGCUUCGCCUACGGUGGCAUUCCGAUGGACCUCCUCCAGUACGAGCUCCAGGGUGCGUUUGGCCGCAGGAGUUCUAUGAGCACCUUGUUAUUGUGCUCCGGGACUGGGGAAAGAUUCCGGGAAUGUUGAAAAUGAGCGCAGAGCAGUGGCGAGACCAUGUACGACGAGGGCAUCUUCCGUUUCGCGCCGACUGCACAGUCUGCGUCCAAGCCGGGGGCACAGGGCGCCGGCACUCCAGGGUCGAACACCCGUCGGCGUUUGUGCUUUCAGCCGAUCUGUCAGGCGCAGUCAAGGUCGGCGGUGUGGACCCUGAUGGCAGAGGAGCUUUCCCGCGGCAGUUCAAGUACAUCUUUGCCGCGAAGCUACGAGUUCCUAAGUCCUUCGUGGAAGAUGGCCGGGGCGUGUGGCUCGAUUAUGACCCUGGCGAGAUGAGCAAGGAAGACUACGAGGAAAAGGACGACGGGCUGGCGCCAGCAAGUGGAGGAGAAAGGGACCCAGUUGGAGAAGAUCCGCGUGAAAAAGAAGGUGAGGAUACAGAGCCAGAACUUAAAGAGGUGCCUAGGCGAGAUCCCGAGGAGGACAGUGACCUGGGUGGCCCGGAGCUGGUGAACCUCAUCUUUGCGUGUGGGUUGAAGGAUGAUAAGGCCCCUACGGUUCUUGAAGCGGUCCAGGAUGUGAUCCUCUACUGCAGGGCGCUGAAUAUACCAGUGCUGCGCUUCCAUGCCGAUCGGGGUAUGGAAUUCAGAGCAAGGGCAACUCGUCAAUGGCUAAAGGGCGAGGGGAUUCGAGUGACCACGUCCGAAGCCGGUGUCCACCAGACGAAUGGCACAGCAGAGUCAACGAUUCGAUGGCUGAAGCAGAGGGCGAGAGCGCUACUAUACUAUCAGCAGGACUCCCUCAGCGAUUGUGGCCUUCCGCCAUCAGUGUGGCAGCCUCUAUGCAGCGAGGAGAUGUUCUCGGCUUUGAACCAAAGCUCGCUGCCCCGUAUGGCUCUAAAGUGUUGGUUCGCAAACGUCAUUUGGAUGGACCAAAGCUUGAUGACCUUGCGCCAAGGUGGCUGUCUGGUGUCUAUGUGGGCUUGUCCGACAGCCUCAGCAAGGGCCACUUGGUGUAUGUUAGCGAUGGAGAAGGAGAACGCUUUGUUCACACUUUACACGUUCGGGCUGGAUUACACGAUCCAGGACCACCUGAGGAAGAAGUUCAAGCAGAUUUACCUGGUGUUUGACGAGGGCGAGUUUCGACAAAAGGCCGAGGAAUUGGCAAGCAGUUGGAACUUGGAGGCAGCUGAAGUUCUAGUGCGUGAAGUUGCACGUCUACUCCCUGAAGAUGAGCGAGUUUAUGGGAUGUUCCGUCACGGUGGACGAAUUGGAGUCACCAAGUCAACAGUAGAACGACCAUGGUUCGCUCGGCUACUAAACCGGGUGAUGUUGGACAGAGCACCGGACGCCGAGUUCGCGGCGAUCUUCGUGUCCAUGAACAACGAGCGGGAGGUUCAUGUGGAUCGCAACAAUGCUCUCGGUGCCAUGAACCACUUGCUCCCGAUUAGUGUGCCAAGGCGGGGUGGAGAGUUAUGGAUGGAGUUGCGCGAUGGGGAUGUUGUCUCGGGAAAAGUGAUUGAGUUAGUUUCUGGAGAAGGCCGAGCACGAUAUGGUUGCGCAUUUCCAUUGCAGGAGGGAAGAGUGUUUUCUUUCGACCCUCAUCGACGCCAUGCAGUGCUUCCCUGGAAAGGAGAGCGCAUCGUCAUUGUGGGAUACACUCCUGCGUUGUUGGCUUCAGUGCAGAGGCUGGACCGAGAGCUGCUAUGGGCGUUAAGCUUUCCGUUGCCAUUGGAGGAGGAAGAAAGCCCGGCGGAGGUCUACAUCAAUGCAUUGUCGGUGUCUUCGGUGAAGCCAGAAAAAGGAAUAGAAGGUGAUGUUGCCCCGCUCCGAGGAGGAGGAUGGCAAGAGACAAUACCCACGUCCGAUGGUGAGUACCUGUUCAAGUGCGAUUGGGCUACUUCGUCGAGGUCGCGGGAAGCAUCAACUUCGGCUGUGUUGACAGGACUCUCAAGGCCCGCCGAGGCUGACAGCAUUCCAGGCGAAGAGUGGGAGGACUGGGAAAUGCAUUUGGUGCUAGAGGACGAUAGAGAGAAUGUCAAAACAGCAGCCCUAUCCUCUAGUGACGAUGCGCGCCCAUCAUUGCAUAAGGCAGAGGUCACCUACACUGAUGGCAUUGAGGAGAUCCUCGCUAACUUGAGCUCGCCGGUGUCCGUUGUGUACACUGUGAAUCCAAAGGAUGUCGUGGCUGUGUUUGAGAAGUGGAUCCCAGCGUUCCUCAAGGAGGUGAACACGUUAGACCACGCUGUUGAUAAAGUCACCGGAGACGUGUUUGCUAGCACCGCUCCAGCAGAAGUGGUUCGGGCUGCCAUCGCUCUGGCAAGGUUCUUCAAUUGGAAUCUCGGGGCCAUUGACAUCGUUGCUGCGUUUUUGCAGACUCCCCUUCGAGCAGUGAAGGGCGCACCCUUGGUGUAUGGAGUUCCUCCAAAAAUCCUCGUGAGAGCAGGAUUAGCUCGACCAGGCGAGUUGUGGAAGUUAACGCAUGCAGUCUACGGCCUACAAGAAAGUCCGAAGCUAUGGGGCGCCUACAGGGACGAUUUGCUGGCCCAAAUCCAGUUGGUGUUCGACGGCAAGCGGGUGACGCUUAUGCAGGGCCGAGUUGAACCUUCGUGGUGGUCUGUGCUACAGGAUGGCUCGGUUCUGAUCGGGAUCCUCGUUGUCUAUGUUGACGACCUGCUCUUGUGUGGGCGAACAGAGCUGAUGAAGGAGCUAGCAGCAGCAAUAAAGGCCGUCUGGAAAACCAGUCCUCUUCAGUUGGCGACCGAGGGAGAGAUCCGUUUUUGGGGGAUCGAGAUCUCCUUUACAAGCCAGGGUUUUGCGCUCACGCAACGGGCCUAUAUCGAGGAGCUUCUCCGCAUUCAUGAAAUGACAUCAAGGCGGAGAGAUUUGGUACCAGUUGCCAAGGAAGCUGCGAGUUUUGUGGCGACAGAUGACGAGGGUCCUGCAAACGAAGGCGAAGUACGAGCUGCUCAACAGAUCGCUGGCGAACUACUGUGGAUUAGCCAACGAACCCGACCAGACAUCGCAUUUGUGUGCUCGCUGAUCGGCUCACUAGCAACACGGGCUCCGAGACGUGCUGUUGAGAUCGGGGAGAAGACUUUGGGCUACCUUCAACGGACCAUUGGCCGGCAGUUGCUGUACGAGAGCUGUGUUCCCUACCUUACCGGGUUUGUGGACGCGUCGUUUGCACCGGACGCCAGCAGAUCCCACACUGGGUGGAUUGUGCUUUUGGCCGGGAACGUGAUUGCUUGGAGAUCGUCGAGACAGUCGUGCAUUAGUCUGAGCACAGCCGAAGCAGAGCUUGAGGCUGCAGUAGAAGGGCUGGUGGCUUUGCAAGGGAUUCAGGCCUUGCUGCACGAUAUCGGAGUUGUUUCUCUGCAGCUCCAGAUGCACUCCGACAGCACUUCGGCUUUGGCAAUCGCGAGAGGAUCAUGCAGUUGGAGGACGAGGCAUUUGCGCCUAAAGAGUUCUUGGGUGAGCGAGCUGAUUGCCAAGGGGAUGAGAGCGCUGAGUGGUCUCAUUGGCUUAAUUGAGAAUCAAGAGCUACAAGCAGGUGAUGGUCAGCGAGUUUUAGUCGCAUUGCUGGUGCUGGCGCAAGCAGUUUCUGGUGAGCGCAUAACUGAGGAACAAGGAGUGGUUGUCUAUGGUAGCGGCAUGUCAGUUGACUAUGGCUUGCUUACUUGGGUGCUAUUGUGGCUACUGGUGCUGCUGGGUGUUGUGUCGUGGGAAGCUCUAAAGUGGAUUGCGUGGAUUGUCUACGAUAGGGCGUCUCCUGGAUCAAGUGCCAGCCAGAAAGGCGUGCUCAGGAUGCUCGCCGCACACCUGCUGAACAGCAAGCGCGGGGUCUUAUCGACAGACCUCAGCCUCCACGAGCUGAGCCGAAGAGUGCUCCGGAUCCGAAUGCCGAAGAAAGGAUGA